AAUAAUAAUAAUAAUAAUAAUAAUAAUAAUAAUAAUAUGUAUGAUAAUAAUGAUAACUUUUCAAUGAAUAUUAUAGAUAUUAAUACCUCUCAAAAUUUGCACCGUAAAAAAUUACAGCCCAAUUUAAAUCUUUAUAAAAGAGUAAAAUUUAAUUUUCCUCCUCUCACAAACGUUAUUAACUUAUCUCCUAUACCUGAGUUGCAAAAUAUAAUGGAAAGUUUUUUUAUUUAUCCCGGAACAGAUUCUGGUAGAAAUUAUUUUUAUAAUUUUUUAUAUUCAAGAAUAAUGAAACUUUUAAAAAAUGAUUAUACUGAUAAAGAUAUAUCAUACUUGAUAGCUUCUUUGCCCAAUAGAAUAAUUACAGGAUUUGAAAUAAUAUUAAUUAUAUUUUAUUACACUAAAGAAAAAUGCCUAAAACCAAAAAGAAAAAUAAUAACUAACCUGAAAUUAAAAAACCAAAAUCUGACGAAAUUUGCAACUCAUGAAAAUAUUUUGAGAUUAAAGACGGAGAAAAAUAAAGAAUUAAAAUCACAGCAUUUAAAAUCAAUGAAAAAAGGCAUAAAAAUGGUUAAUUUGAAUGACGAGCUAAUUGAAGUGAAAGCUGAGAUUGACACCUACAAAAAUAGCUUCAAUCAGUUAAAUGAUCUUUGUAACAAAACAGCUGAAGCGAAUCAGUUUUUAAAAGACCAUAUCGAGUACUUGAAAAAACAUUACCAACAGCUUAUUUUUAAUCUUCAAACUCAACAAGAGAUGUAAGGUGACUCUAGAUUCUGGCUAAUCUUUCUGAUUUUUGCUUUUAUUUUCUUUGAUUGUCAAUUUUUAACUUGUUUCAUUUUAUUUUAUUUCAUAUGUAAUUCAAUUCUUGACCCAAUUUGACAGAAAGCUGUAGUAAGUACUGUUUUUAAAGGGAUGUAUAGUGACCCACUAAUAGAAAAAAAAACAACCCACAGUACCAGUCCCGGAAAAUGAGGGCUUCAUUCUGUCCCAUUCAUUUCGGCUGGUAAAA